GCCCCCCGGUCCCGCAGGGUGAACGGGUGCUACGAGGCGCUGUCGGGCGGCAGCACCUCCGAGGGCUUCGAGGACUUCACGGGCGGCGUCACCGAGUGGUUCGACCUGCGGCGCCCGCCCGGCGACCUCUUCAACAUCAUCCUCAAGGCGCUGGAGCGCGGCUCCCUGCUCGGCUGCUCCAUCGACAUCACCAGCGCCUUCGACAUGGAGGCCGUGACCUUCAAGAAGCUGGUGAAGGGCCACGCCUACUCCGUGACCGGCGCCAAGCAG